UUGUUUAGAAUUAAUGAUCGUUGUUUAAUACGGUGUUUACUAUAAAACAAAAACUAAUAGGGUCAAAACAGGUUGGUUGACAUGAUGAGUGUUGCUGAGGAAAUUUUGGAGUUGCGCAAACACUCCGUAACCCGAAAACGAAUGUAGUGACAGCGUUCUGUUUAGAACAGAAAACGAGCAGGAGGGAGAAACGAAACCGAAAGCAGGAGGCACAUUUCACGAUAAUCCGUGUUUAUUAGCUGUGCAUUCCACCUUCUGGCACUUUCCAGAUACAGGUCUGAUCUUCAGAUCUCGCAGCUUUAUUCUGCACGAUGGACGACAGUCAGGCGAAGAAAACCAUCGACUGUUUCAGAAACCGACUGAAACAGCUGAUUCGGGUCGAACCUGUUCUGGAUGUGCUGCACUUCUUUAACAAUGAGCAAAAGGAUUUGAUAAAAGCCAAACUAAAAAAUGAAGGCGAAAUCCAGGCCGCUAAUCUUCUGCUCCAGGAAAUUAUAAGUAAAGUGUAUCCAGAAGGCUGGUUUAGGGAACUCUUAACUGCACUUGAAACGGUCGGGUGUAAACAAGCAGCCAACUAUAUGGGAAACAGUCCCCCGAGUCCAUCCUUAGAGGCUGAGAAUGACACCUGUGUCCGGCUCAUAGACCUGCUAAAGCUCAGUCUAAUCAACAUGAAGACCUGUGAUGUGUGUCACGGAUGUUACGAGAGGAAUAUUAUCACCGCUGAGGACCGCCAGAUUAUUUUAGCAGAGACACACAUUAAUGGGUCCAUGGCUGGGGCCCGUAAGCUGUUGUCUCUGCUCCCAAAGAAUGAGUUUGGCUGGUUCUCUCAGUUCUUGGAUGCUUUAGAGAAGACUGAACACACCAGACUGGUGCAGGAAUUGCGGGGAGAUCCUAAUGAAUCCAAUGAAUCAACAGCUGAUGUUGACAAGCUACAGUCAGAUGAAAGUGAAUUGGCUGCAAAGACUGAGAAGAUUAGCGAAGCAAUUCCAGAUAACUUUUCUACCAGAAGUGCCUCUCCCCCUCCCACUUUGGCCUCUGGCCCCUCUCAGGUUUCUCUCUCAUCCACUUCAUGCCUUGAGGCUGCAGCUCUUGACAGCAGUAUGAACAGCAGUGGCUUCAAUUCCACUAUGGACUCCUUUGCUGAGCUUAGCAUUGGAAGCACAGAUUUGGACCUGUAUGAAGGCAGUGAUCAGGAAACAACAAGAGAGCAAACACCAGAGAGUUCAGAUGAAUCAGUGAGCGAGAAAGAUAUUGUGCUGCGGGAUUAUCAGUCUGAAGUCGCUCAGCCAGCUCUGGAGGGAAAGAACAUCAUCAUCUGUCUCCCAACAGGAAGUGGUAAAACCCGAGUUGCCGUGUACAUCACUAAAAAGCAUCUGGAGAGCAGAAAGUCAAAGGGACAGCCAGCAAAAGUUGUUGUUCUGGUUAACAAGGUUCCUUUGGUGGAGCAGCACUACAAAGCAGAGUUUGGGAAGUUUCUGAAGCACGAGUACAAUGUCGAGAGAGUGAGCGGAGAUUCACAGCUCAAAAUCUCCUUCCCACAAGUCGUUGAGAAGAAUGACAUCAUCAUCUGCACUGCACAAAUCUUAGGAAACUCUUUAGCCAAAGCCAAACAGGGUGACGAGGAUGGGAUCAAGUUAUCACAAUUCACUUUGAUAGUAAUCGAUGAGUGCCACCACACAAAAAAGGGCGAGGCGUAUAACCACAUCAUGAUACGUUACCUGAAACAGAAGCACAGGAAUGCUGCGCUUCGAAAGGAACAGAAAGAUCCGGUGCCGCUGCCACAAAUCCUCGGCCUCACUGCUUCACCCGGAGUUGGAGGAGCCAGGACUCAGCAGUCAGCCGAGGAGCAUAUUCUCAGAAUAUGUGCUAACUUGGACGCCUACACAAUAAAGACCACGACUCUCGGAGAAGAGCCUAAGGGUCCAUACAAACGUAUUGCGAGCGUUAAGGAAAGAAAGGAGGAUCCCUUUGGAGAUGUGAUAAAAGGAGUAAUGAACGAGAUUCACACACAUGCCCAACUAAACCCACUGUGUCAACCAGGCACACAGAAUUAUGAGCAGUGGGUGGUACAAAAAGAACAGAAUGCUGCUAAAGAAGACAACCGGAAAGUGCGGGUUUGUGCAGAGCAUCUGCGUCAGUACAAUGAGGCUCUCUACCAGAGUAACACCAUACGCAUGUGUGAUGCAUACAGCUUUCUUGACAAAUACUACAAUGAAGAAAUCAAGAAGAAAUGUUCGCCUGACGAUGACGACAUUCAGAUAACUGAAACUGAGCGAUUUCUUUUUAACUUAUUUAAUGCUAAAAAAGAACGUCUUCAGGAGUUGAUGAAAAACCCACAGUAUGAGAAUAACACUCUGGCACAACUGAGGAUGCUCAUCUUGGAGGAGUACACCACCAGAUCUGAAGCCAGAGGCAUUAUCUUCACCAAGACUCGCCUCAGUGCCAUUGCUCUCAGCCAGUGGAUUCAGGAGAACUCGAAGUUUGAGGAUGUUGGCGUCAGAGCAAGCCACCUGAUUGGUGGUGGGGAUCAGAGUCUGGUGAAACCAAUGACGGCAGCAGAGCAAAGAGAUGUGCUGAACAAGUUUCGUGAAGGAGUGAUCAAUCUGCUGAUAGCCACCACUGUGGCAGAGGAGGGUCUUGAUAUUAAGCAGUGUAAUUUUGUCUUCCGAUACUGCUUGGUGACCAAUGAAAUCGCUAUGAUUCAGGCUCGAGGCAGAGGAAGAGCAGAGGACAGCAGUUACACUGUGGUGGAGGUGGCAGGAUCGGGUGUAGCAGAAAGGGAAAGUGUGAAUGAAUACAGGGAGAAAAUGAUGAGCAAAGCUAUCACCAAGGUGUGCAGUCUGAGCCUUGAAGAAUAUGAAAAGAAAAUAAAAGAGAACCAGCUGCAGACAAUCAUUGAGGAACGUGUGAAGAUUAAGAAGAUGAAUAAGAAGGGCAUGAUGAAAGAGGACCCCAGCAAAGUGAAGCUAACCUGCAGGAGCUGUGGUGUACCUGUGUGCUCUGGAGAAGACAUUGAGAUCAUUGAAAGGAUGCACCAUGUAAAUGUGACUGAAGCAUUCAGAAAGCUGUUUACAGUCAGAGAGAACACUACCUUGCAGGAGAGACUAUUGGACUAUGAGGCAAAUGGAGUUAUAGCAUGUAAAAACUGUGGAGAGCGUUGGGGUUCUAUGAUGCUUUAUAAAGGCAUAGAAUUUCCAUGCCUCCACAUCAAAAACUUUGUGGUUACAUACAACUCAAAGAAAAAGGUGUUCAGCAAGUGGAAUGAGUUAGCUAUCAGAUUCACUGCAUUUGACUACUCUAACCAUGUUUUUAUGCAACAAUCAGAUGACGAAACGGAGCUGGACUAAAUCAGUGUUUAAAAAAAUAAUAAAAAAACAGUACUCAUCUCAGUUUACUUAGUUACAAAUAGCUGUGAACACACUGUACUGUUUAUAAUGCCAUGGAAAAAUUGAUGUGUUAAGUUGAAACUUGAAAAUAUAAAGGUAUAUUGUUAUUGCUGUGUUUACACAAUGAAAAACAGCACACCAUAGAAUAAUUUGCACUGGCAUGUGGACUGUAACAACUGUCUUUUUUUCCCUGUAUAAUUCUGCAUGAUAAUUUCUUAAUAACUAUUUAGAAUAAAAAUCAAACUCAACAAUCCUA